AUGAAGCUGAUCAUUGUGGUCACAACACUCAUGCUGAAUGGCAUCGCCUCAGCCAAGAUCGCCCAAAUGCUGUGCAACAACAAGCCGCCUUUGAGCCAAUGGGGAUGCCCCGUCGAGAGACAACCUUCAGUAGCCUCUAUUGGAUAUGUGCGAUCUGACGGACAGUGCGACUGCUAUUGCUGGGUGUAA